AUGGGCUCUGUAACUCCAGAUCCAACAUUAGCUGCCGAAGAUCUCUUCUGGGAGACGUACCUAGCUCAUGCCGCUAAAGAGGAUAAGCAGCUUCCGGACGAUUGGGAGGCGGAUACCGGCAGUAUCUUGACCUUCACGGGUCUAUUCGCAGCGACAGUUGCUGCGUUCAUCAUCGAAAGCUACAAGUCGUUGGCCCCAGACCCUGGCGAGCAGACUGUCACCCUUCUCUUACAGCUUCUUGCCGUGACGACUAAUAGCACAUCGAAUGAAGCUUCACACGUCCCGUUCCUCCAGCCCUAUGAAACACCUACCAAUGCUAUCAUCGUCAAUUCCUUGUGGUUCUCCAGCUUACUGAUUGCGCUCGUCUGUUCCCUAUUGGCUACCUUGAUACAGCAGUGGGCUCGUGAUUACAGAAGAGAUAUUGGUCGUCCGGGCACUACAGACAGUUUGAAACCCCCUCAAUCGAUCGCUCGUGGAUUUCGGAUGAUCUUCAACGAGUCUGCUUUGCGAAAUAGGGCCAUAAACCAUAUCUACAUCCGUAUGGGAAUCAAUCGGUACAGCAUGGAUAGUGUCGCGUACCUGAUCAUAUCUCUCAUCCAUUUCUCUGUUGGUCUCUUUACCAUCGGAUUGAUCGCCUUCCUGUAUCCUCUUGAUCACAUCGUUGCAGGAAUCGCAACCGUCGUGCUCGCUUGCCUUUUUAUGUUGUAUUUGCUCGGGAGCGCGUUGCCGAUACUCGACCCGAGUUGCCCUUAUCGGACGCCGUUGACAUAUCCGCUGGCUCUUCUGUACUUUCUCUGCUUUCGUCUGCUCUUGGUCCUGUCCCAGCGCUGGAAAUCGUUUCCUCGUGGGCUUGGGGCCUUGAUGUCACGAGUUCGGAAGAGGACACUGCGAGACUUCACUACGAGGCAAUACAGUGGACCUCCUGACUUCUUUAUCAUGGAACCGCGCAGCUUCGAGCAUGUCAUGGAGAAUAUCACUUCUCAGAUCGAUGGCAUCGUCAUGUUUCGCGGUUUGGCGGCCGUCAUAUAUCGCAGCGGCAGUGAAGACUCAGAUCUGAAAGAUAUUAUGCAAAAUGCGCUUGCGGAAUUUAGCCUUCUAUGUGUCAACCACCAUCUUCUGAAACGUAUCAAUGCUUUCCUUCAGACCCAAAGGAAUGAUAGACUUGAUGCAUCCAUUUUCGCGCUCGUGGCACUGCUUUCGGAGAGGAUGUUCUCUGGACUCCCCAUAGGUUCUACUCCUGAGUCCUGGGGGGAUGCACGGAGAAAAUGCGUUGAAACAUAUCUCGAGAUACUACAUCGAAUCUCAGGCAUUGUCCAUCAGCAGCGUCUCAAUCAAGCUGAUUCCAAGCUACAGCUACUAGUUACGCUCUGUCUCUACAGAGUGCGUUUGCAACUGAUCAAGUUGUAUCGCGGCGCAUAUAUUGAUGGACACCCGAGGCUGCCAGAGAUUGAUGUGCCUCGCACUUUCAUAGGGUAUGGUAUUGAUGCAGACGAUGCCUUCAGGCGUCAACGGCGUUUCAAUUCGGAUGCCGAGUUCUUCCACCCCGGGGGUCUUCUCAUGCUCAUGGACUUUCAAGCCGCGUAUUUAGGAGGCCCUGGUAUCUUAGUGGAUAAUGUGCGUUGCGGUCCAAACGAUGUCAGGUGGUGGUACGGGGGUGGUGCGCCUCGCAUAAAGCUUCACGACUCUGAAUGUUGUACAUCCAUGCACACACUUCUCGAUAGUGGUAACUGGGGUCAUGAGGCCGCUUGCGCUAUUUUCAGUGUGGUAUACCAGGCGCUCAGCGAUCGUGAUGUUAUGAUGGAGCUUCAGCACGAAGUCCCGUCCCUACUCCCUCACUUCUUCUCCCUUUCUCUACUCACCGGUGAUCUGCAGCGCCGCCCUCCUUCCAAGGAGUUCAGGCUCUUCCUGGAACGAAAUAAGUUGCAUACUUUGAUUCGCCGCAAAGAGCAGAUUCGACGGAGCAGAGACAGGCGCCCACCAGAGGAAGUACUCCGCUGGGCUGAGAAUAGUAGGCUCGGGGCGUGGUGUCUGUAUAUGGCAAGGUUUUUAGCAGAGAAUUGUGUAGACUGGGAAGUAGAAGACCCACCACUUCCUGAUUUCCUGUCUAGGUCCGAUCCUAUCAUGCAGAACUCUGCUCAACACAAUCUCCCCGAUCCAACGUUUCCCCCACCGCAGAGCUCCUUCGCGCCCACUCCCAUGGCUAUCAGUCUCGCGUAA